AUGGAGGUGUGCGGGCACGCCGACGAGUCCCAGCGGAGCUGCGUCCCCUUCUCCCUGGGCGAAUCUCCGUCGAUUCUGCUUGUCGCCAUCGGCCUGGGCACCACCGCCGCGGCCGACGGCGCGCAGCUCUGCCCGACUUCGUCCGGCACGCUCACC